AAAGAAUAGCUUAGGCGGAGUUUCUGCUAUGGCUUCCAGCGGUGUCGGCGUGAACACUGUGGCCUCGGCAAAUGAAGCUCCAGAAAUUUCAGACAACAUGGGAGAUUGGCUUCGGGGCGUUUACCGCUUCACUACGGAUAGGAAUGACUUCCGGAGGAACUUAAUCCUCAAUUUGGGGCUCUUUGCUGUGGGAGUCUGGCUGGCCAGGAAUUUGAGUGACAUUGACCUAAUGGCACCUCAGCCAGGGGUGUAGGCAUAAAGACACACGGAACCCCUGUGCUGUACUCGAACCUUCCAAAAACAGAGCCUCCAAUUGUGACCAUCACAAGACUUGUCCUGAUGACAGAUGAAGUUUGAUUUCCUUCCCUGCCUGAUUUCCUUUUCUUUGCUGAGUCCACUCAGAACACCCUUCACUGGUCAGUAGGCAGGCUUCAGCUAAAGUGUCCUCUGUUCUAUAAAAUUCUGUACAUAGUUCCUAAGUUUUUGCAGGGGAUGAUCUUUGCUCUUGCCCUGAGGAAUAAUCUAGUGGUAUUUUAACAAAUACCUGAAAUAAAGACUAA